UUUAACUGGUGUUUCUGAGAAUGAUGAUUCCUGUCGAGAUGCUCUUUUUGUUGUUUCAGGUUUUGCUGAUCUUUGCAAAGGAAGAUAGUCAGAGCGAUGGCUUCUGGUGGGCCUGUGACCGAGCUGGUUACAGGUGCAAUAUUGCUCGAACUCCUGAGUCAGCCCUUGAAUGCUUUCUCGACAAGCAUCAUGAAAUUAUUGUCAUCGACCACAGACAGACCCGGAACUUCGACGCAGAGGCAGUGUGCAGGUCGAUCCGGGCCACAAACCCCUCUGAGCACACGGUGAUCCUCGCGGUGGUUUCUCAAGUGUCGGACGACCACGAAGAGGCCUCAGUCCUCCCUCUUCUCCAUGCAGGCUUCAACAGGAGAUUUAUGGAGAAUAGCAGCAUAAUUGCUUGCUAUAAUGAACUGCUUCAAAUAGAACAUGGAGAAGUUCGCUCGCAGUUCAAAUUACGGGCCUGUAACUCAGUGUUCACAGCAUUAGACCACUGCCAUGAAGCCAUCGAAAUAACAAGCGAUGACCAUGUGAUCCAGUAUGUCAACCCAGCCUUCGAGAGGAUGAUGGGUUACCGCAAGGGCGAGCUCCUGGGAAAAGAACUCGCCGAUCUGCCCAAGAGUGAUAAGAACCGGGCAGACCUUCUCGACACCAUCAACACGUGCAUCAAGAAGGGCAAGGAGUGGCAGGGGGUUUACUAUGCGAGACGGAAAUCCGGGGACAGCAUCCAACAGCAUGUGAAGAUCACCCCAGUGAUUGGCCAAGGAGGGAAAAUUAGGCACUUUGUCUCCCUCAAGAAACUGUGCUGUACCACUGACAAUAAUAAGCAGAUUCACAAGAUUCAUCGUGAUUCGGGAGACAAUUCUCAGACAGAGCCUCAUUCAUUCAGAUACAGGAACAGGAGGAAAGAGUCCAUUGACGUGAGGUCGAUAUCAUCUCGAGGCAGUGAUGCCCCGAGCCUGCAGAACCGCCGCUACCCGUCCAUGGCGAGGAUCCACUCCAUGACCAUUGAGGCUCCCAUCACGAAGGUCAUAAAUAUAAUCAAUGCAGCCCAAGAGAACAGCCCCGUCACAGUAGCAGAAGCCCUGGACAGAGUUCUGGAGAUUUUACGGACCACAGAACUGUACUCCCCUCAGUUGGGUACCAAAGAUGAAGAUCCUCACACCAGUGAUCUGGUCGGAGGCCUGAUGACUGAUGGCUUGAGGAGGCUGUCAGGAAAUGAGUAUGUGUUUACUAAGAACGUGCACCAGAGUCACAGCCACCUCGCGAUGCCAAUAACCAUCAACGAUGUUCCCCCUUCCAUCGCGCAGUUACUCGAUAAUGAGGAAAGCUGGGACUUCAACAUCUUUGAAUUGGAAGCAGUCACGCAUAAAAGGCCAUUGGUUUACCUGGGCUUAAAGGUCUUCUCUCGGUUUGGAGUAUGUGAGUUUUUAAACUGCUCUGAAGCCACGCUUCGCGCCUGGCUCCAAGUGAUUGAAGCCAAUUACCACUCUUCCAAUGCCUACCACAACUCCACCCAUGCUGCGGACGUCCUGCAUGCCACUGCCUUCUUCCUGGGAAAGGAGCGAGUGAAGGGAAGCCUGGAUCAGCUGGAUGAGGUGGCAGCCCUGAUCGCUGCCACAGUCCAUGACGUGGACCACCCAGGAAGGACCAACUCUUUCCUCUGCAACGCAGGCAGUGAGCUGGCCGUGCUCUACAAUGACACUGCAGUUCUGGAGAGUCACCACACGGCCCUGGCCUUCCAGCUCACAGUCAAGGACACGAAAUGCAACAUUUUCAAGAACAUUGACAGGAACCAUUAUCGAACACUGCGCCAGGCUAUUAUUGACAUGGUUUUGGCAACGGAGAUGACAAAACACUUUGAACACGUGAACAAAUUUGUGAACAGCAUCAACAAGCCCAUGGCCGCAGAGAUUGAGGGCGGUGACUGUGAACGCAACCCUGCUGGGAAGAACUUUCCUGAAAACCAAAUGCUGAUCAAACGCAUGAUGAUUAAGUGUGCUGAUGUGGCCAAUCCAUGCCGACCCUUGGACCUGUGCAUCGAAUGGGCCGGGAGGAUCUCAGAGGAGUAUUUUGCACAGACCGAUGAAGAAAAGAGACAGGGGCUGCCUGUGGUGAUGCCAGUGUUUGACCGGAAUACCUGCAGCAUCCCCAAGUCCCAGAUCUCCUUCAUCGACUACUUCAUAACAGACAUGUUUGAUGCUUGGGAUGCCUUUGCACAUCUGCCAGCCCUGAUGCAACAUUUGGCUGAUAACUACAAACACUGGAAGACGUUAGAUGACCUCAAGUGCAAAAGCCUGAGGCUGCCAUCUGACAGCUAAAGCCAAGCCAGAGACGGGGACCUCUUGAUCUACAAGAGGGCACUGCAGAUCACAGUGGUAUAAACAAGAGGCUCUCCUUCAUAAUGGCAAGGACAAGUAUAAGUUAAGGAGCUCAUGUGUAAUACUUGACCUUGAAUCAUUCAAGUUCCCAGAUUUCAUUUUUAGAAAGUUAUGUUCCAUGAAGAAAAAUACAUGUUCUUUUGAACAAUCACUUAGUGACAGAACAAAUACUUGGCAAUCUCCUUUGCUGUCAUCCUGUGUGCCCUUGUCAAACCAUGGAGCCGAUUCACUGUAACUAGCAGGAUACAAGAAGCAAAGACUGUGCCUGUGAGCUCACUCCCCAUGGUGACUCAGUAGCGUAGCUAGUGUUCAGCUCCUCCACUCAUCUCCUAUCAUACACGUCACCCUCACUGUUUAUCUUGACUAUUUUCCUCAAGAGCAUCGAUUGGAAGGAUUCAUAAGAAGCUUACUGAACAGAUAUAUCUAAGGAAAAAACUACAGAAAAUGAGCAAAACAACUAGGACCAAAUUAUCAAUAAACUAGUUAGCUUCACAGCCUCCAGGGCUACGUGGCUCUUCUGGUGGAUGGUGUGGCAUCCAAGUUAGAACACAGCCUGAGCCUGGGAGUGCCCUCUCUAGACUGGUCUCAGCAGCCUGUGUAGCCCGCUUUUUUGUAAAAGGGAUUCAUCUUGAUAGAAAGCCAUACAUGAUGGGGGAGAAAGUAGCAACUCAUUUUGGGGGAAUCCAUGAACUUCCCUUAUUUCUGGCUCACAGAGGCAGCCACAAGGCACUACACCGAGUAUGAUUUUAAAAAGCCAUUAAAUCUGAAUGCCCUUGGACAAGCUUUUUUUAAAAAAAGAAAAACUUUAUAUACAUUUGCUGUUUAAAAUUUUUAUGAAAAAAUCUAAAUUUUCUGGGUGUAAGCCCGCUGAGUAUGUUGGGCUGUGCACCACAUAUACGUAAUAUUUGGGGAGGGGAUGGGGCAGUUUCAAGGUUCAGAUAUUUUUAACCUAUCUAUAUUUGAAAUCAUGCCAUUUGCUUUAAUUAUGUAAAAAAAUCGUGAGAGUGUAAAUACAUCAGAAAAUAGGCUUAUGGGGAAGCAGUAAAUACUAUUUUAAGCUAUUAAUUGUAUGCUAAAAGCUUCUAAAGCACAAGUGCAUAUUUUUAUACAGCUCUUUUCACAACUUUCUGUGAUCUACAUAAAGUCAGAUUGAGAUUUUUCUUUCUCUUUUACCAGCCAACCCUUCUUUAUGUAUUAUACAUAUUAGAAACUCAGUAAACAAACUUAGUUUUUCUUUCUCUGUACUCCAUGCUGCAUUUUUGAGAGGUAUAAACAGAGACUGAAUUAAUUGAAUCAAUAGUUAAUUUUUUCCAAAUUCAAAUUGGAAUGCAAGAUACUUGGAACUGGUACAUGGGAAGAAAAAAAUGACUUAUCACUACAUACCGUGCCAAUGUUUUUUUCUAUGUUUUGUACCAAAAAUGGAAAACAUAUGACAAUUCCUUGCAAGGAAAUGUAUCUAGAUUAUUUUUGUUAGAUAAGAGAACUUGCUUGGUCAGGAUGGCGGCCAGCUUUGUACUGUAAUGCUAUAUUAUGUAAAUGUGAUGAAAAUGUUUUUGUGAAGUACUUGUAACUAAAUUCCUACAGCCAUUUUUCAUUCCCAACAGCUGUUUUCAUUUUACCUCUUCGGCCUAAAUUUUUCAUAAUUUCAAA